AUGGAGAUCUUCGACCUGACGCAGGACGACUCUCCUGAGGAGCUGAUGGCGGAGGAGGAUGAUGAUUUAGGCCUACAGGUGAUGGCCAUCCGGGAGUGCGAUGAGGAUCCGGAUGAGAUGGAAGAGAUCUUCUACGAGUGCCAGAGUGGCGAUGAGAGCGCGCCGACAAGGACUUCAUCGAUGGAGAACACAGGAAGUGAUGCCCUGCGAGCCCAAUCCGAAGAUGUCACGGGCCAAAUUCAGAAUGUGUGCAUGGUGAGGGACGAGACUCCCAACGUCGUGAUGACGCUUGACUCGGGAGCGGAUGUGUCAGUGGCACCAGAGCAGUACUACGCCCUGGGACUACCUGGUCAGCAACGUUCCGUUUGCAUGAUGGAUGCUCAAGGAGGUGCAAUCAAGAGCGCUGGAAAUAGGCGACUUCGACUUCAAGCCUACACCAGAGCAGGCGAGAUGGUGGAGUUCGUGGAACAGUUUGCGCUGGGUGUAGGUGUGACACACCCCUUGAUGAGUUUCGGACGGUUGCUCAAGCAGGGCUGGGUACUAUCUCGAGACAGCCAAGGUCUCUAUGUGGAGCACAAGGAGAAGGGUUUGAUGAUCCCAGCUCGGCUUGAGCGGAAUUCGUUGGUCAUGGAUGUGAGAGUUUGUGCAGUCCGAGCUGAGGACAAUGAGAUGCAAGAGAUGGAGGCCAUGGUUUCGAAUGAUAGAGACAGCCGUGAGAAUGCCCUGAAGCUGGCAGCGGAAACCCAUUUCGUGGAUAGAGGAGUGAAGAGAAGUGUUGAGGAGAAAGAGGAGGACAAGAAGAAUGAGGAAGAAGACCAGCAGAUGCUGGCCUUGAUGCAGGAACUGUCUCAACAGGUGGAGCCAGAUGCCUCAGCAGAUCGUGUCGAGGAAGCCCCUGCGAAGAAGCUGAAAGGUGAAGAGGUUGAGGAUAGCCAGAGAUCGCCGGGCUAUACUACAGAAGAGUCUGGAGAUGUCAUUGUGGAAGCCAGCAGCAGUGAAGAUGGAAGAGUGCAAGCUCGCAUGGCAAGGUGGCAGAAUUGGAAACUACGGACAGGCAUGGUGAAGGAGGAGCCCAUGGAGCUAUCUGACAGCCCAGUGGCAGAGGUGACGGACGACAAUCGGGUGUUUCCUGUCCGAAGAGAAGCAGCAAGUUUGUACGGGUUCAUCUCGAGAGAACUGGCGUUGCUGGAAAGGAUGCCUGGCUGGCAUGCUCUACCCAAUGGCAUCGUUGUCCACUCCAGUCCACAAGCAACUCAUUUUCUGGACCCCAGUCUCUCCUUUGGUCCAGAGUGGUGUGGACGGAUGACAUUGUUGAAGAAGAAGGACAACAGUGGAGCAUGGGAGCAGGUGGAGAGCUUGGCAAACUAUGUGGACACCCCGUUGCCCUAUCGACCACUGCCAGGAGGACCUCGUGCAGCUUUGACAUUCGUUGCACCGGGGUUGAUCCGUGACUACUUCGUGAUCAGCUCGGAGGUCCCAGUGAGCCAGUAUCCCUUGUUGAGCGGGGAGCCAUCCUCGUGGCCGGACGAUGAGAGGGAUGAAGAAGGAGGUGAAUUGCCAAUGCUGGCCGCUGGAAGUGGCGGACGACCAGAGAUCGUGGAGGAUGUUGCCUUUGUGGACCCUGAUGAACUGAGGAUCCAGAUAGAUGAAGCCUGGUUUGACAAGGAGACAAAGUUGAAGGAUUUGCAAGAGGUUUGCAAGCAGUUGGGCUUGGCAACAUCCGGUUCCAAGAUCAAGGUGUUGCGGCGACUCCAAAGCUACAAGCACCACCAGGAAGAGAAGAUGGCAUAUGAGGUCGCUCAAAGAUUGUUCAGUGAGAGCAGACGAGAGGCCAUCCCGCUGUCAACACCAAAGCUGCCAAGCCGUCAUGAGCAAGAGCUUCAUCAACUCACGCACCUGCCUUUUCAGUCCUGGUGUCAGCAGUGCGUCGCUACUCGGUCGAGAGAGGAUCCCAGGACAAAGGAGGAUCAGACUGACCGGAAGGACCGAGGAAGACCCGUGAUUAGCUUUGACUACGGGUUCACAUACACCACUGGUGCUCCUGAAGAUCGACAGUGGGGCACAGCUUUGUAUGAUGCAGUGGGCGACGAGCAGGUGGAGAAGGAGGCCAAACUGGUCGGAGAGCAAGACAACAGCAGCGCGAACACCAACCAUUGUGCCGGUUCCCGCAACACCAGCAACAGCAGCUGCACCCAAGACACCAGCGAGGCCAUGAGAGGAGAGCCAGCAAGGAAUUUCCCACCAGGACCUCACGAGGUGGAGACAAGUCCAAAGAGGCAGAGAAUGGAAGAAGUUGUUGGAAACCUUGCACCAGUGACACCCCCACUUGGAACGAAGCGAGAGUAUGCUCUGCCUUGGGACGAUGAAGAUGAUGAGAAGCGGAGGAUGAGCCCAAAGAGGAGAAUCCAGAGUGUCCAAGAGGAAUUUCCUGGCGGAGAUGAGAUGGUGGCCGAGGAGGUGUUGCAACAGCAGCUCAAUAAUGCCAGUGAUGAUGAGGACGUCGAGGUGAGCAAAGGAAAGCCUCCGGAAGUCAAUGAGGAGGAGCUGAUGAAGCUAGAUGCGGAGGCAUGCAAGCAUGAAGAAGAGCGCCUUGAGAAGAUGGGUGUUCUUGAGAAGCUGAAGGAAGGAGAAGUUGCUGACGAGGAUUCGUAUGUCCUGACGUCGAAGAUGGUCAUCACUUGGAAGCACCGAGACGAGCAAGGUGGCUGGUUUAGAAGAGCACGCCUGGUUGGGAGACAGUUUAAAUGGUCAGUUUUCACAGAGGACGCCUUCGCUCCUACAUCAGCUUCAGUGGUGGUAAGAAUGCUCCUUCGAUUGCAGAUGAGGACUGGUUUGGCCCUCUACACGUUGGACGUGAGGGAUGCAUUCCUGCUCAUGGACCAGCCUGAGGAUGAGAAGGCGAUGAUCGUGACCGAGAACGGUACCUACAGGCUGAAGAGAAACCUCCCUGGUCAGAGAAAUGCUGCGGCCCAAUGGUUCAAAGGAUUCUGCAAGGUAGCAAAGGAGUUCGGACUGGUCCAGGAUGUGAUGCAGCCCACGAUGAUGAAGAAGCCUGAUGGUCCAAAUGAGAUGAACGAGAACGGCAAGCUCUAUCUGACCAUCCACGUGGAUGACUUGCUGUUGAUUGGGCACGAAGCUGAAGUGGAAAAUUUCAUCAAGUACAUGGACACUAAAGGCUGGAAAACGGAGAAACGUGGGCCAUUGUACUCAGGGAGCUUCAACUACCUGAAGAGAGAGAUGGAGCUGAUCGACAAAGGCAUCACAAUCCGACCGGACAAGCAGCACAUCAAGGAGCUUGCGCGAUUGACAAAGGUCGAACAAAGGAAAUGCAGGUCUACGCCCGGAGAUGGCAACUUCACCAAGCUGAGCAAGGAUGACGACCCUUUGGACUACAGCGAGAUUACCAUCUACCGGAGUGCAGUUGGCAAGUUGCUUUACAUUGCCCCUGAUCGACCUGAUGUGCAGUACAUUGCCCAAGGCCUGGCAGCAUUCAUGCAAAAGCCCACGAAGAAGAGCUGGCAGGCCAUGAGACAUGUCAGCUCGUACCUGCUUGGUACGGUGGACGAAGGCCUUUUGUUUGAGCAUGGACCCAAAGGCCGAAGCAUGCUGAACACCGAGGAGAACGUCUACGAGUGGGACAUCAACGAUGAGGUGAAGAGCAUGCUGGAAGUGGUGUGCGAUGCUGACUAUGCAGGGCAGAGAGACAGCAGGAAGAGUGUGAGUUCAGUCCAGAUCUAUUUGGAUGGAUGCCUCCUGGAGAGCUACGUGAGGACUCAACGAUCCAUUGCCUUGUCGUCAGGAGAGAGUGAGUAUGUGGCAAUGGUCGGAGGCUGCAGUGAGGGACUGUUCAUCAAGCAUUGCUGGAAGUUCCUGACCAACGAAGAUCUGGAGAUGGUAUGCCGAAGUGACUCAUCGGCAGCUCGCUCUUUGGCUGGCCGAGUUGGUGUUGGAAGGACGCGACACAUCGCAGCAGGACUCCUAUGGUUGCAACAGAAGGUAGGGUCCAAAGAGCUGAGAGUUACUGGAAUUCCCACGGCAGUCAACACCAGCGACAUCGGCACGAAGGUCUUGAGCAAAGCAAGGAUGAGUGGAUUGAAAUACCUCAUCAAGAUGAUCAAUGGAGACGAUGAGAAGAUUGGCUAUGCCGAGUACCAGGAGAUAAAGAUGAAAGAGGACCUGAAGAAGAACACCGGCAAGCUAGCGAAGACCCUCGGAGCAAAUGCAAGAGUUGCAGUGGUGAUCGCAUUGUCUCUACUGCAAGGGGGUCAAGGGGCAGACACUCAGGAGCAUGAGACAGAAGAGAAUGAAGGCACGGACACAUGGUGGGUUCGGCUGCUGAUCACUAUGAUCUGUUUGGCAAGUGUUGGGGCCUUGAGCUUGGCACGGCUGACUUUGCAGGCAGUGCAGACAUGGUGCAGCAGGAAACGAGGCCAUCGACAACCCGUGCAACGACGUGAAGAAGAGGAGGAUGCGGAUGACCCGCAUGUGAGAAGAGGAUUGCAGGAAAGCACCGACCAGCAUGAAGAGCCACACUACGAGAAUGACCUUGAGAAGGUGAACAUGCAGUGGCAAAUAGUUCGCCUUGAGGUAGUGGUGGCUGAGCAAGAAGAAAGAUUGAAGGAGGCUCGAGAGGAGCGUGACCGACAAGCACGAGAAGUGGUGAGAAUGUAUGACAUGUGCUCUGAGCUGCGAUUUGAGCUCGAGGCGGCGAAGGAAGAGAAAGAGAAGGCCCAAAAGAGAGCCAUUCAAGUGGCUGGGACUGAUGAUGAACGAGCACGAGAAAUGGAAAGCAUGGCAGAAGAAGUGGCCCGAGCAUGGGAAGUUGUCGAAGUGUGGAAGAAGCGGGUCACGGAAUGCCAGAGACAAGAACAAGAUGAACUGAGAGAUCGCCUUGAGGAAGUAAAGUUCACCCUAGAUCGCAAGCUUUGGCACAUCGGUAAGACUAGUUCGUGUUAUCACGAACAUGGGUGCGGACAUCUUGUGAAUAGCACGAGUGUCCGAACACUAAAACCAUGUGCACAUUGCAUUCCUGAUGCCAUGGGGACCGUGUUGAAUUUGGAAAGGAUUCCAUGA